UCAUAUUUGACAACUGAAGUUACCAAUAUACUAAAACAUUUAUUAAUUUCAAUUAACAUUUACUGUAACAACUUGAACUCGAAUUUACGUUAAAAUGUGUGACUGGGACACAAAUGUACAUUACGUUUGCAGUGAUUUAUUCACGUCUUACGCUUCGGUCGAUGAGGAGGGUAAUCAAGAAGAAGAAGACGAAGAAACCAAGUAUCUGAGAGAAAUAGAAAGUAGACAAAAUCAGCUCCUGGCAUGGAUCGACGAUUUACUAAAUUCAGAAGAAUUAGAAGAAUAUUUCAGCAAAAAGCUGCCCAAAAUCGAUGCCGAAGUCCAAUGUCACAUGAGCCAAAUAUCUAUUGCAUCCGAGAUUGAAACGGCCGAUGCGAAAAAUAUACCCUCCAAAUAUCCCUUAACCGAACUGAGUAUUAGGAAAUAUAAACUGAUGAAAAAGAUUGACUGUUUAAUAAAAUACAGGAAUAACAAGGCGAUUCAGGAAAAUCAAUUGAAAUCCAUAGCUGCCAUCAGGGAAAAAAUUGAAGAAGCAAAGAGGCUUCUGUUGUGUCAUCCUCGCGAAAGGGCCAUUGAGGCAAGCAACAAACGGAAAAGGGCUAUUGAAUGUAUGAAACAGCUGCUGAAAGACAAUUUCAAAAAUUUCCAUCAUAACAGCAAAGUGAUGGAUAGGGUCCUCGCGUAUCAAAAACUGAAACGUUUUCGACGGAAAAUGAGAAACGAAAGACGAUUGGAGAUAAUCCGCAAAAUGGCGAGGGAAUUUCGGAGACAAGAACAAAUUGACUACGAACAGAACAGGACCUACGAUUACAAAGUAAAACCCAGCGGGUUUAUCAUGAGAGGGCUUGAAGUCGUUGGAACGAAGGCAACGUUGUUUUCGAGGCUUUCUGAUAAGGAAAAGCUCGAAGAAGAACAAGAGAAAAUAAUAGAACCACCACCAGAAGUUGAAAAAGGUUCCAAAAAGAAAAAGAAAGACAAAGAUUCAAAGAAGGGCUCUAAGAAAGGCGACAAAAAAAAGAAGAAAGACAAAGGGAAAAAGGGUGACAAAAAGAAGAAAGACAAGAAGAAAAAAGUCAAAGAAGAACCUCUCGUCGACAUAGUUGAAGUAUUAAAAGAGUUAGAAAAAGUUCUUGAGAGUUCUGAGGAAUUAAAACAAAUUAGAAGAAACUAUGAAAUGGAGAAGCAACGAAAAGACACUGUGGACUACCCAUACGAUUACAAUUUUACCUACAAACCAAUAUAUCUUCAUUUCAAAGACUACGAGCAAAAACAUCAUUACAAAAAAACUGUAACAAUACUGAACGCAAGCACUUACGCAAGGAAAUUUAGAUAUUUAAAGACCUUAUGGGAUCAGCCAUGGGACACCCCAACCCUCGAGAUUGAGCCUGUAGGAAUUCAAAAAGUGUUGCCAGGACUUUCUGUACUAGUAAAUGUUCUGUUUGAACCUGGCGACCGUGAUUAUUUAUUAACAGGCAUCAUUUGUUUCCUUUCUUACGCCCCCAAUGGACCCCUGUUCCACAUUGCUGUGCCCUUCAAAUGUAGCCCCUUUUCACCGGAAAUUGUAAUGUCCACUUCCGAGAUUAUUUUUGAAAAAAUGCCAAUAUGGAAAGCUACAAAUCCCGAUCAACAGUCAAAGGGAAAAAAGAUAAUUUUGAGUAAUAUCGGAACCAAGAAGUGUUCAGUGUCCAUCACCAAAAUCCAAGACCCAUUGGAAAUAGAACCGAAAUGGAUCUUCCCCGAAGAAGUGGAGGAAGUCGAAGAAGAAGAGGAACGCGUGGCUGAUGGUAAGGUUAAGGGUAAGAAAAAGGAGGAUAAAAAGAAAAAGGACAAAAAGAAGGACAAGAAAAAGGACAAGAAGAAGGAUAAGAAGAAGGAUAAAAAGAAGGACAAAAAGAAGGGAAAGGGGAAAGGCAAAAAGAACAAAAAAGACGAAGAAAAAAAGAGAAAAAAAAUGGCAAUUGAACUAGAAGCAAAAUUUUUGCAGGAACUAUUAGAUAAGUAUAUGCCACAACCGCCGGUGGUUGAAGAAGAAGAGUUACCAAUCGAAGCCCCUUCAAAAGAAAUGGUGAAACUGGUCCACGAAUGCGUUGAAAACGCUUUUAAUACCUUCGUUUUCGACACAUGCUGUUUCACGUUAGAACCGAAAAGCAAAAAAGUUAUAAAAGUUUAUUUUAAAAAUAUAGACUACGCCGGCUAUUACCACGAAAAAUUUUGUUUGAAAUUCUUCGAAGAUGUCGACAACAGUCCGCAGUUUUUCUGCAUAGGAACAAGGGAUCUAAUUAUUCACGGCGAAGUGACAGGCAAUUUUAUCAUAGUGUCUCCCGUAACACUGGACUAUCGCAUUUGCGUCUACGACUCGUUGUAUCAAGUGGAAUUCACCAUACACAACACCGCCAAUAUACCCCAUGGUUUAACGGUAAAAGUACCAUCAAGUUUGAAAAAAUAUUUGUACACAAAUGGUACAGAUUUUUACGUCCCCUCUUGUCAAACGCGAACUGUUUUUUUACGAUUUUCGCCAAGAAAAGAAAUAGUAACGGAUAAAAAUCGAUACUUCAAUUCCGAAACGUCGGUGUUGGAGUUCCCCAUAUACGUUGCGGUGGUGUCAAAAAGCUUUUUGGACACGCCACCAAGUCGUGUUACCGUCUACGCAAUUUUGACCGAGCCGAAUGGGGUUAUUUUGACCCCCGAAGAUAUCCAGUACACGGAAAUAAACGAAAACGACGAAUACGUGUUAAAUUUGGGCGAAUGUUCGACGAAAGAAACAAUUUACGCGAAUAUAAACCUCACCAACACAUCACUCGCAGUACAGCAUUUCGGUUUCAUAGAUCUCCCCGAGAGCGUUAUUAUAACCCCCAAUUACGGCUACGGAAUUAUUAUGCCCCUCGAGACGAAAACUGUCACCCUGAUGUACUCUCCCGAGUCGAAAGACAUUGCCAACUUUUUCAUUGAAGGUGAAAAUGCAAUCAGGGAUAUUAUUUUCCCAAUAAACGUGGAAACUGUUAAGAACAAGGGAGGAAUUCGGGACGCAACAAAAAAACUAUCGAAGGUGUUAAAAAAUUCUACCGACAUUACGGAAAACGACCUGCAAAAAGACACCAGCUCGCAAAUGUAUCAAGAAAUCAUUUGCUGUCUGCAUCGACUGACAAAUCCCGAUUAUUUCAAUAGUUUAUCAACUUCCGAUACUUUCACUUCGCUAAGUUUGAAUUGGAAAAUACUUGCAAAAAGUGCAAAAAUGUCGGCCAACGAAGUAGACGGAGCGACAACGGACAGUUUAGCGAGUUAUAAAAUGACGGCCGAAUCCAGUAGGCUUUGGCUGAUGGUGAAAAUCAUCAUCCCGUACAGCGAUUUAUCGCAUCAGCUGGUCAGAUUCCCGGACACACCUUGUGGAUCCUAUUCAAUGGCUCGGAUCGACUUUAGAAAUUUCGUACGUCUCGCCUACGAAGCACACUGCAUCUGCGGAUACGUCCAAAGAAAUACGAAAGCCAAAAACUACAAGUGUGCCAUGAAGUUUGAAAUAGCAGGUGAUAAUUCACAAAUCACCGUCGAACCAUUUUGUGGUAAUUUGGAUCCGGACGAUGAGGAAAAAAAACUGUAUCUCGUUGCGAAACCCGAAGUCCCGCCGGAAGUGGUUGAGGAACAAGCUAAAGCAAUUAAGAGACAGGAAAUAAUAGAUCGAAAGAUGCAAGCGCUCUUGGAAAAACGUCAAAAAGAACUGGAAGCCAAAAUGAAAAAAGGCAAAGGUGCUAAGGGUAAAGAUAAAAAAAAGGACAAGAAGGACAAGGACAAGAAGGACAAAAAAGGGAAGAAAGAUAAGAAAGGUACUACUACUACUAGCAAGGAAAGUACAGAAACCGAAAAACCCCUUCCACAAAUAAUCGUGAAAGACGAAGAAAUAAAAAUAAACAUUUUCGAUCUGUAUCCCGCCGAAAUGGUCUUAUGGAGAAAUUUUGAAUCAUAUGAAAUCCAAUCUCGCUUCGUUUGUACAGUGGAUUAUUUGUGCGUCAACAGUACUAAAAGGGGAGACAAAUUAUAUUUGGAUGCGGUUUGUAAAGUAGUCCAGCCCGAUUUCACCCUUAACCUCAAGCAACAAAGGGUUCAUUUUGGCCCUGUAUUAGUUGGAAUGUCCACAAAAAAAGUGAUCAGCAUACAAAACAUACAGCAUGGGCCAAUAUACCCAAACUUCAGCUUACUAAGUCCCAUUGGUCCCUUCUUUUGUCCCGUUCCCAACAACAUAAAGUUAGAAUCAGAGCACGUCCUUAAUAUCCCAGUUAUUUUUGCCCCGAACGAACCCAAAGAGGAGACACAAUUUUUUGAGAUAAGGGCGGGCAGGACUAUUUGUACUUUAGCCCUGAGUGGUGAAGGCAUUGGUCCCAAUUUGAAGUUCAACCCUGACUUCGUAGUAUGCAGACUAGAGACGCCGUUUGGGAAAUUCACAGAAUUUAACAUCGAGAUCGACAAUAAAACCCGCGCCCCCGUUAUAAUAAAUUUCAUUAAAACUUGCGAACUGGAAGGGAACAUUAAAAGUCCCGAACCCGUUUCUAAACCAGGCUCUGCUGACAAAGGCAAAGAUAAAAAAGACAAAAAAGGAAAAAAGGACAAAAAGGGAAAAAAGGAUAAAAGUACAACUAAGAGCAAAAAGGUUGCAAAAUAUUCUCAAGAUCUCACCCCCGAUGAAAUUUAUUCUUUGGAGCAAUUUUUCUAUGAAAGAUCAGAGGAAGAAAUGCCAGUGUUUGAUGUGUGUUCUAAAGAUAAUUUACCAAAUAUAAACCCCAAUUCAAAAAAGAGUUGGAAAAUCCGUUUCGGCGUUCUCCCUAAACCAGUCGUAGAAGAAAAAACGGAAAAGGGUGGAAAGAAGAAGGACAAAAAGAAAGAGAAAAAGGGGAAAAAGGGUAAAGAAAAAAAAUGCGGUCCUGAAAAACCCGGUGGUAAAGACCCAGUGUAUUAUAUCUCAAAGUUCAACGUAACCUUAGGAAACAGUACCGUACUUAAAGAUAUCGUUGUCAUUGCUAAAUUUUGCAAAUAAAACUCAAAUUAUCGUUAUUUUGUCUUUUCUUUAAUUAAUUUUGCGAACGAAAUACAAACAAAUC